AGUAGCGCGUUGAGUGAGUGGUUCGUUUUUAGGUUAUUCCCAUAAAUAAAACAACUUUCCUUAUUUACUAAUCAGGUGGUGGUAUAUUUACACAAUACAGUAGGUUAAUACUGUAGACGUUUGGAUGGAUGGGAAUGAAAAGGAGAAGCCUCCAGAUGAGGCCGGUGAUAAUGACAUGAAUUGGGAGACAACCUCACGUAAACGCAACUUGAAUUUGUCACCGACCCAGCUGGAGCCUUCCCCAAAAAAAAUUGUAAUCGACCCGAUAGAGACUAGCAAGCAGUUGAGCAAUACAAAUAAUACAGUCGAACCUAAUAAUAGUAAUGUGGCAGAGUUUAAUAAAAAUAAUCCAGUUGAGGUAAAUGAAAAUAAUACAGUCGAGUUCAACCCACAUUUAUACAAACACCCCAGUCUAGACAGCAAAUACCGAGAGUACAAUGCCGAAGAUGAUGGACCAUUUAUAGUUCAUGUCUCUAGAGAGUCCGCUCCAUCGUCCAAUGCCUCUCUGAAACCCAUCAAUGUAGGCCUUUUGCUUACUCAAGGAAAUGUAAACAACAUCCAGAAGGAAGGUGGUAUUAAGUCGGUUCUCCCUACCACAUCCUUCCACAAGCUCAAAAUAUUACCGAACAUUCUCCUCUCGUGUGAAAGUCAACACCGACAUUGGCGAAUUCACCCUGUGCAAAUUGGCAGGGAGUAAAAGCCAGAAGAAGAAAAAAAAAAAAAAAAAAAAAAAAAAAAAUAAAGAGAAUAAAGUUAAAGGGUACAACUCACAAUUUAAGAUUACCGUGCAAAACUUGGAAAGUGAAUUUUAAAUUGAAAACAUUAGUAAACGGAGUAUACAAUGUAACAAUUUCAGAAAGAACAUUUGUUAAUUUCGCGUUAUAGCAAUAGUAGACUAGGCUACCGGCUUUUCACGUCGAGACCGGCCAGCUUGGCCGCCGCAGUCACCAACGGUCCUGCUCUGCUCCUCGGUCACAUUAGGGUCAGGUGUCGA